GAGAGGUUGCAUCGCUCACUUGAGUUAAGUGCUUCUGGUGAUCACGAUGGGAAUUUCAGUGGAAGAUUAUCUAUUGCUAGUGUCACUAUUUUUCACAGUUCUUGUGACAAUUUUCUAUUUUUACGCAAAAUAUUCCUAUUCCUAUUGGGAGCGCAAUAAUGUGAAAAGUCUCAAGCCAUCCUUCCCCUUUGGCAACUUCGCGCCUGUGUUUUUGGCUAAGAAAUCAUUCAAUGAAUACAUUCGUGAGAUUUAUGAAUCAACAACAGAUGAUUACAUUGGACUGUACGCUUUGUUCCGGCCAAUUUUUGUUCCUCGCAACUCCGAACUAUGCCGAAAUAUCAUUAUCAAGGAUUUUCAGUUUUUCCACGAUCGCGGAGUUUAUGCAGAUGAAAAAAUUGAUCCUCUUUCUGGGCACUUGUUCUCGCUUAGUGGUGAAAAAUGGAAAAAUCUCCGCGCCAAAUUGACUCCCACUUUUACAUCCGGAAAACUUAAGGCGAUGUUCCAGACCCUCAUUGAUUGUGGAGACAGUUUGGAAAAGUUUCUAGCCUCCGAGGCUGAUUGCAACGCCGAAGUUGAGAUGCGCGAUCUCAUGGCGAGAUAUACAACAAAUAUCAUAGCUUCAGUUGCGUUCGGCAUCGAAGUGGACACAAUAGCUGAGCCAAAUGCCCCUUUCAGACACUUUGGGAGAAAACCAUUCGCUCCAACGGUGUGGAAUGGCAUAAGAAAUGCCUUAUUUCUUAUCUUGCCGAGAGUCGCUGAAAUGAUAAAGUUGAAAACGGUGGAUGAUGAUUAUGAACAAUUCAUCUUUUCAAUGGUGAACCAAACAAUCGACUAUCGAGAGAAGAACAAUAUUAAUAGAAAAGAUUUUAUGCAACUUCUUCUUCAACUAAGAAAUACUGGCAAAAUUGAUUAUGGCGAAGACUGGAAUAUCAAAUCAAACAAAGACGACGUGAAAAAACUCUCGGUAAACGAGCUUGCCGCCCAAGUUCACGUAUUCUUCCUGGCCGGCUUCGAGACCUCAUCGACAACCAUGUCCUUCUGCCUGUACGAAUUGGCCCGAAAUCCUGAAAUUCAAGCGAAAGUUCAGACCGAAAUCGACCAGGUUCUGGAGAAAUAUCAGGGAAAGUGGUCUUACGACGCAAUAAUGGAGAUGAAAUACCUGGAAUGCUGCAUCGACGAAGCACUGAGAAUGUAUCCUCCAGUUCCUCUUCUCAACAGAGAGUGCACAUCAGACUACCAAAUCCCUGGCACAAAGAGCAUCAUCAAGAAGGGCACGGCAAUCUUUAUUCCCAUCGCCGGACUCCACUACGAUCCACACCACUUCAAAGAUCCCACAACCUUCCAGCCAGAGAGAUUCAGUGCGGGAACUCAAAACCUCAAUGCUUGCAGUUAUCUCCCUUUCGGCGAUGGGCCGCGCGUCUGCAUUGGAUUGAGACUCGGGAAGAUGCAAGCUAAAAUCGGUCUGACUAUCAUACUUUCCAAGUUCAACAUUCACCUCGGCGAGAAUCUGAAGCACGGCAAAAUUAAAUAUGCUCCAGAAAGCAUCACUCCAACUCCCAUUGGCGGCCUUAAAUUGCGAGUCUCCCACAGGAAAUUGUAAAUUAUCAACAAAGCACGCAAAUGGAAUUUUUAUUAGUUAAACCGUCUCUCUUGUGUAAUCGGAAAUAGUUUGAAAUAUAAUUUUUGUACUUGAGCACUGAUAUUAGUAAAUAAAUGUUUUGUAAUUGAGGAA